AUGCCUCUAGUUUUCAAACAAGAAGCUAUCAAUGGGAUCCUCUUUACGCUUCAUUCCCAAAAAGAACUCUCAAGCUUUGCUCAUCAAAAACUAAUUGAAAUGACCGGAGAGGAAGUGAUGAGCCAGGAACAAGUCACUGAGUUUUUUAAGAAGAUCGAUAAAUUAGAAUUCCAAAUAAAGGAGGAUGUCCAGAAAGUGACGCUGGCACAGAUUCUUAAUGUUCCGAACUUUGUGGAGAAUUACUUGGAUAUUAGAACGAGACUCCGCCUCCGUAAGACCUGCAAAACUAUCCGUGAAAUCCUCAAUGAAAAGCCGCUAUACAAAGACUGUGUCAACUACAAAUAUAAUGACUUGGUGAUCGAGAUUUCUACAGAUGGAGGCUUCAAGAUCUCUUACCAACUUAUUAAAGAAGGAUUGCGAGUGAGAUACUGGAAUAAAGAGAAAGUUAUUAAUGCAACAAUCGGAGAAAUGGUUGAAAUAAUUCAACGGGAUUUGAUGUCGAUUCUUUGUAGUCAGAAGCUGAAAAUUGACACUUUUGAAAUCAAAGGCGACUCCUAUACUUCUGGGAAACAUCCGAUUGGAGAGUUAGCUCUACGAUUCACUUUCAAUCAACUUCCCAACAAACUAAAGAUCUGCAAUUUGGAGUACUCGAUUGAAAAAAAGGAUGGACUUUUAAUAGCAUUAUUGAAGAGGAUAGACCCGGAGCAUCUAAAAUGCCUUACACUUACAAAUUCUUUUAGUGAUAACAUAAGUUUUAAAGACUUGUAUAAUCUAGAACAAUGGAAAGGUUUGAAAUCGUUAAAAGUUUAUAAUUGGAAACUGACUGAACUGGACGAUCUCAGAUUCUUUACUCAUGUAGAGAAUGCUCAUUUGGAAAUUGGUAUUUACCAAUGGUACUUCCCGCCUCUACAAAAUAUUUUAAUGGAGCUUAAAGAUAAACUCCUUGAAAAUCCCAAUCUGAAACAAUUCAAAAUAGAAGCAAGGUAUGGUGUGGAUGCUCGUCACGUCAAAGAAAUCAGAUCAAUUUUCCAACAAUACAACACCAACAAUGCUCAGUACCCGUGCUGGGUUAGCAUUCCGUACCCGGAUUCUGAUAAGAAGCUGCAAUUGCUAGUGAAGAAGAAGAUGAUAUGGUUUAAGGGACCGUGUUAUGUAAAAGGAGAGUGGGAAGAAGAUAGUGAUGAGGAAGAAGAAAAAGAAAGAGAGAGUGAUGAUGAUGAGGACGAAGAUGAAGAAGUAGGAGACUAUUCCCAAGAAUUAUUGAUUGGGAUCCUCUACACUCUCCAUCUCCAAAAGGACACCCCAAUCGUUGCCCACCAAAAACUAAUGGAAAUGGCUAAAGAAGAGGAAGUGAUGGAUCUGGAUCAAGUCACCGAGUUUUUUGAGAAAAUCGAUAAUGGAGAAUUCCGAUUGAAAGAUGAAGUCGAGAAAAUGAUUCGGUUCAAGAGAGCGUGUUGUGUGGAUGGAAAUGGGAAAGAACAAAAGAUAGCAGAUGAUGUUGUCAACUAUUUCCCUAAAGACAAAUUUGUCGACAACUGA